UAAAUGAUACUAUAUCAAGAUUUUAAACCUGAGAAUGUUUUAAUAACUAAGGAUGGCAUUUUGAAAAUAUCAAACUUUUUUUUAGCAAGAUUAUGGGAGGAUAAGCCAAUAACAACAUAAAUAUGUACUAUGAAAUAUAGAGCACCAGAAUUCCUUUUAAAUUCAUAAAAAUACUGUCCAACUUUAGAUGUAUGGGCAAUUGGUUGUGUAUUUGCAGAAUUUUCUCUCAAAUAACCUUUAUUUCAGGAGAAAGUGAGCUGA